GUUUAUCGCUCUACCAAUUAAGGUUUAUCUUUCUCCUUUUCGUUAAUUAGUAUAUUAUUCUACGGGUAAAGGUUGAUUCUUCCCUCCAUUGAAUUACAGGGUAUAUUAUCCUGCGGAUAAUACUAAUCUUUGUGUCGUUCACUUUGUAAGGUUUAUCACUGCACGGUUAAAGAUUGAUCUACCUCCACCAUCCUGCAAAGGGUUUAUCAUUGCACAGACAAUGGUUGAUCACUUUCCAUCUUCCUGUGAAGGAUUCAUCAGUGCACGAAUGAGGGUUGAUCAUCUUCCAGCUUCCUACGAAGAGUUUAUCAUCACACGAAUAAUGGUUGAUCUUCGUCCCCUUUUCUGAAAAGGGUUUAUCAUUGCAUGGAUGAGGGUUGAUCUUCGUCUCCUUCUCUGAAAAGGAUUUAUCAUUACACGGAUGAGGGUUGACUAUCUUCCACCUUCCUACAAAGGGUUGAUCGUUAUAUGGAUGAGGACCGUUCAUCUUCUAUCUUCUUGAGAAGGGUUCAUCACUGCACGAAUCAUGGUUGAUCAUCUUCUACCUUCCUACGAAGGGUUUAUCAUUAGACGGAUGAGGAUUGAUCAUGUUCCAUCUUCAUGAGAAGGGUUUAUUAUCACACGGAUGAGGGUUGAUCGUCUUCCACUUUCUUGCAAAGGGUUUAUCAAUGUAUUCAUCAAAGAUGAUUUUUUUAUUCUGAAGAAUUUAUUAUUCGUAACUCAGUAUUGAUUAAUUCUUUAUUUAUGAUAGAAAAGAAAUUUUGUCAGCAAUUUGUAAUGCAUAACGAAAUAAUAAGUUUGAGACUGUACCAGUAAUGAUUAAGACAUUGGGCAAAAAGUACGUGAUGGAAUAUGUGCCGAAGUUCUUUUUAUAUUUGACAUCUUUCGUGAAAAUAUUGAAUUUUUCAUUUGUUGUACGUUUAUAAAUUCUAGAAGAAGAUAUCACCAUCUAUCGAACAUUUCUGUCAUUAGAUAAAAUAGCUAUAGCUGAUAUAAAUGGACGAACUAUGCAAUCGAAGACGAAACGAAAAGAAUUAGAAAUAACCUUGUUUUUGUAUAUCUUUGAUAUUAUAAUGAUGAUCCUUUCUUUAGAUACUUAUAAACAACAUUUUUAUUAUUUUAGAUAAUUUAAUUAUUUAGUAUGAAUUGGUCUUGUGAACAAGUUAUUACUUGGUGCAAAUUAUUCAUUGAUGAUGAUUCAAUUUUAUCGAAAUUUGAAGGUCAGUCAAUUCUAAUUUAUCACGCAAAGGCACGUGUAUUUUUGUCAAAUGAAAGCUCAUUUUGUGUUUGUGUUAACGAAUAGAUCACCAUUAUGCAUGUUAGAAUUUUUUUGUUAUUAACAUUUAUCAAGGUUAUUCGUCUUCUUACGUUUUUUUAAAGCAAAGUAGACAUAUGCGUUUGUGGAAGAAAAGAAUUGAAUUGUUUAUAUUUUAUUCAAUCCAAUCAUUUACAAUUACGUUUUUCUAUUCGUCGAUCUGUCUUUACAAAUUUGUAAAUAAAUAAAUAAACAAGAUUCUAUAUAUUUUAUUAUUAUAGAAAAUAAAUAACUCAUUUAAUUUUGAUCUUUUUCAUUUAUCAAAGUCAUAAUGUCAUCAUUUAGUUGUUCAUUUUGUCUAACAAAUCGACGUUUCAGCAGUUUUGCCAAAAUGUUUCAACACAUAACGUUGUACCAUCAAAAUGAGCCGAAUUUCAAUAUCACAUGUGAUUUAUAUAAUACAUGUGGAGUUUUAUACAAAACAUAUUCUGCAUAUAAAGCUCAUGUUUACCGACAACACACGUCUGAACUCCAUUUGAAAAACAAACCGAACAAUAAUUCGAAUAUUACUCCUAAUGAAAGUCAACAACAAGAAAGUAUGAAUAACUUAGAUAUGGAAUUAGAAACAAUGAGCCAUAUUCGCGAAUGCUUGUUGGCCACGCUAAUGUAAGAAAGAAGUGGCCAUAUUAGUUUGUACAUUCUUGAAGACGGCAUUUUCUCUUUUAUCUAUCUUUUUCCCUCGUCUUCCAAACAUAACCUUUGUGCUGAUUUAUAGUAUAAAUAUUUUUCAUCAAGUUUUAAAAUCAACAUAUUUAUUUCAAAACAUCUUAUUUCUCAAAACAAAAACUUAAGUGAAUGCUUAAGUAAAUACCUCUAAUAAGUCAUAUACCAUUGUAAAAGUAUCAUAAGAUCGAAAUCCUGUGUAAUAUCUAAUGUUAACAUCAUCAUGACGAAAUCGUUCAAUACAUAUAGUCGUUUUAAAUAUUGUCUCUUCAUAAAGCGAUAUUUUAUUAAACAAAUCAGAUAAAUCAUUAAGGCACAAAUCAGUUUGAGUUGAAGAAGUUGAAACACUUGUUGUUUGAACUGGUGUUGCUAUAUUUAUAGGUAAAGCAUCACGUUUUAAUCGUUUUUGUUUGCUUUUUGAAGCAAUCUUAUUUGUUUGAUUGCUUGGAUAUGAAAUAAAUGAAGAAGAGUCGAAAUGGUUGCUGCAUAUUCUUUGAUGUAACACAUUGUUUAAAUCAAGUCGAUUGAGCAAUUUCAGCCAUUUUUGUUGUAAAUUUUUGUCUUUUGGAAAACGAUGAAAUGUGCAGUUAUUAGACCUAGUCUCUUUUUUGGAACAAGUAACACAUUUUUUCACCAUUUUUUUUAUGAAAAUGACAGUUCAACUUGAACCGACGCAUUUGAAAACAAUAUCUUAAUUUCAUUAAUCAUUAUUAGAACAUCGUAUAAUCCCUUCAGAACAAUAUCGUUCAUAUCUACCAUGGAAUACUAAUCAACAAUAAUUGAUAGCCCUGUAGUAUAUAAGCCAAUUAGCGCUUAAUUGUUACCGCUCUCUUACAUUACUAUAUUGUUAGAAAAAUGUAAGAAGUGAUAAAAAACAAUCAUCUUCUCGAUCACUGUCUCAUUUUCAUAUUUUCUAUUUCACUUGAACAUGUCGUCAUUAAACAUUGUUUCUAUUAUCGAUUAUAAAAGACCUUUUAAUGUCGAUUUGGGUUCUAUAACACAAUAUUUCUCAUCCGUACUUGCUAGUGACGGAAAUCUAGAUCGAGGUUCUCUAAGAAAUGGAAACCUGUUAUUCAAAGAACAUUUUAUUUAUGAUAUAACUAUUGCGCGACAAUACGUGAAAAGAAAAAUUUCGGCCAAGUGUCGUGCUCAAAUGAAAAAAUCAACCACGUAUCAAGUAAAUACACGUAAAGACACUUUAUAUUUUUAUACUUUUAGAAAUCUAUUUUUCAGGUACAACUUCUAAUAAAUACCAAUCGACCUUCUGACAUUUUAGAAGGAACAUGUGAAUGUGUUGCCGGAAGUGGUCGUUAUGCAGCCUGUAAACAUUUAGCUGCAUUAUGUUUUGCACUAUUAGAUUAUGAUCGCAACAAAUUAACUUUUACUGGAAAAAAAGCAUUUCUUCCAUCUACAGAUAUUUAUUCAACUUCAACAUCUUCAUUAUCAAAACAAAAUCAAAAGAUUAUUGAAAUUUAUCAAUUACACGAAACAUUGAAUGAUUUAUCAAAUAUAAUCGAAUCAAUUUCUAAAAACAAUUACCAAUUCAUUAAGCAUUGUGAGAAACAUUUCGAUUACACUUCACCAGAAGAAAUACUAUUAUCAUCACCUGAUGAAGAUGUCAUGCAUGGUUACUUCAUUCCAAUUGAUAGAACGUUAUCGUCGAUGUUAAAAUCUCAACCACUUCUAUUAGAAAUUUCAGAAAAUAUUCAACAACAACGAAUCAAUGUAGAGAAUGAUUCAGAUCUUAUGUUUUCGAUUAGAGACGGGUAUUAUGGUAAUCGAUUUGAUCAAGAUAGUCUUUUAAUCCAGUUGUAUUUGGAUGAUAUUGGUUUGACGAACCCGCUUGGUGCAAAACGUGAUAAACAUAAAAUGACUAUGGUUUAUUUUUCUUUAGAAGAUGUUCCCGAUAAAUAUCGAUCCAAACUUGAUUUCAUUCAAUUAGUUGCUGUUUGUGAGAGCAAAACUCUCAAAGAUGACAUCAAAGCUCAGCGUUUCUUUGCACCGAUAAUUGAAAAUUUAAACAAGUUACAAUUACAUGGUAUUUCAAUUAACGGCAUUCAUCUUACAUUUUCUUUUUCUACCGUUGUCGCUGACAAUCUAGCAUCCCAUUUUGUAGGUGGUUUUCAAUCUUGUUUCAGUAGUGGUCAUUUUUGCAGAAGAUGUUAUAUUACAUAUCCAGAGAAGAAUUUACCAAUUCCAUUAUCACAAAUUCCAACUCGAUCAAUGAUUGACCACGAUGAUCUUGUUGAUAAGAUCAUCAAUGAUCCUAAUAGAAUAUCUUUGAAGGGUGUUAUUGGACCAAGUCCUUUACGGGAGCUAAUUGGUUUUCAUGCGAAAACAUCAUUACCACGAGAUCUUAUGCAUGAUUUUAUUGAAGGGAUAUGUCCAAUGAUAAUAAUUUCUUUACUCAAACAAGCGUCUGCAUUACGAAUUUUAACAUAUAGUGAGAAUGCUUUUGUUUUUUUAACUUGA